UCAAUUAAAAUCCUAAUGGACGAGCAAAAUAUCCCUAUAGAUAUUAAUUCUAAUAAACUGUUGGAUUGGCUGGUGAGUAGAAGACACGUGGGCAAGGAUUGGCAAAAUUGUGUUCUUAAAAUUAGAGAAAAAAUCAGCAAUGCAAUACAAGACAUGCCCGCUCACGAUGGCAUUGCAAAGCUGCUUAGCGGGCAGCAUAUAAACUACUUUCACUGCCUGAAAAUAGUCGAAAUUCUUAAAGAAACUGAGAAAGACAGCAAGAACAUUUUUGGCAGGUAUGGUUCGCAGCGGAUGAAAGACUGGCAGGAUAUAAUAUCAGCCUAUCAGAGAGAUAACGUUUACCUAGCAGAAACCGCGCAGAUACUCACGAGGAACGUCAGUUUUGAGAUUCCAAGUUUGAAAAGGCAAAUAAUAAAACUUGAACAAACGCAAGCCGAAUAUGAAAAGAAGAUCAAAGAGAAUACCAAAACAGAAGCAAGUAUGCUUAAAGAAUUUACAAUGUCUUGUGACCAGCUCGGCAUUCAAGGCAAGGACAUAAAAAAUGAAUUGAUAGGAAUGUUGAAAGCAUUGCCGCAAAUCCUACAAGAGAGUUCAGAGAAAGUUAAAAUAGUGAAGCCGGCAGUUGAAUUGUAUGCUGAAUUCUGUCAGUUUUUAUCUGGACAGGAGGCGGUAUCUAAUCCUGGAAUACUACCAGUAUUAAGGUAUUUAGUUGAAAGUGGUAAUACAACAACAUAUGAGUAUGUAUUUGGAGAAAAACCAAUCAGGAUUGAGGAACCUGAGCAAUCCGUAAUUGCACUGCAGUUGAAUGAUGAUGGAAAUAAAAUUGAUUUUGGAGAAGGUGAACAGAAAAUUGACUUUGGAAGUGAUCAGAUUGAUUUUGGCGAACAGGAUAACCAACAAACCAUUGAUUGGGGAUCAUCAAAUGAAGAAAGUUUUGAAAUAGUCAGUUAUGAUGAUGUGGAUAUUAAUUUGCAGGAAUCAGGAAUAGAGGUCGAAGUAUCAGGCUUGGAUGGUGGUAUUGCUAGAGGUGAAGACGCUUUAUCUAUCCUGGAUAACCCAAAAACGCGGGAUCAAGUUAUCAACAAUCUCAUUGAGCUCGAAGCCUUUCUUAAAAUGCGACUUUAUGAAAUGUCAAAUGAAUCAGAUUUGUUGUCUUUCUCACAAAUGCAAGACGUUUCUUCUGUGAUCCAGAUGCAAACUAUUGCAAGCAUUACGCAACUGCAUGAUUGCGUAAGCAUCGCGCUGGGUGACUUGACAAGCAAGCGUCUUCAGCAUUUACAUAACCUCAAACACUCCCCAAAGUACCUGGAUAUCUUGUCCGCCAGCUUGAAGCAAAAGCUGUCGGUGGUCGAGAGAAUGAAAAAUAAUAAGAUAUUGUUGGAGAAAAAAAUCCGCCAAACUAGCGACGAAAUUAGAAAAAUCGAGCCGGUAAUUAAACUCAUGGUUGUCAAGACUAAGGAGCUGCAAAAGGAAAUUGAGCAGGACAUUUCUAAAAAGUAUAAAGGCAGGGUGGUAAACAUUGUGGGUGGAGUCAAUCUCUUGUGAAAGUGUAGUUAAUUUUUAUUAUAAAUAUAAUGUACAUGUUUUAUUUUAGUGAUUUUUUUCACCGGCUGGGUUUGGGUCCCUUUAUGAAAAAACAAAUUUAUUUUUAAAAAUGCACCAUUCGAAAGGACAGCUUCUAAGUACUAAGUAAUGAUAAAUAAAUUUGCCAAUAUUUAAAAAAAAAACAUAAAAAUGAUCGAAGAGAAUGUAAUUUGAAAUACUUUUACUUGCAGAACUGGUAUAAUAUAUUAAUGUAUAAAAUUAAAUAUAUUUUUUUUGGGUGAAGUUACUUUG